GUACUCCGGAGUCCGGAGCAAUUCGAAGCUCCUCGGGAUCGGGAGUGCGAACUCACAGAAUUCGCGCAGAGAGAGGACAGGAGUUCGUGUGCUAUUAAACGUCGCGAGAGGCUUCCUCUCGCGAUGUCGUGACGGUGACGCGCGGUGAUCGAUAACAUCUCGCGCGUCGCCCUGUGCAACGUCACCGGGAACGAUACACCCCGUCGUCCCCGUCGCCUCCGUCCGAAUAUCACCACGGAGACUGUCAUGUCACGACAGCCUAAGUAGAUUAGGCGAUUAACGUUUAUUAUUUCGACAGCGGACUGCGUCCACGCGGUGUACCGAAGUGCAUGAGUGCACUGGAGUGCACCGAAUGCCAGACGGUCCGCCCGUCUCGCGCUGAGUGUCCGAAGUCACAAGGACGGCCGGCAGCAUGUCAGACGCCAUGAACCUGACGUACACCUCUGUCAAGGAUCUCGAGCAAAAGGCCAAGAUCGUUUUCACAGGUAAGGAGCCGCGAUGGGUGUACCAGAGGCUCCCGGCUAUGCGACAGAUGUCUGAUGAGGGGAGGAAAGAAGGGAACGACGAAACCGCGUAUAUCAUGUUGAAGAGGUGGCUGAACUCGGUCGAGUGGCUGAAGAGAGCCCGUAACAAGGACGGCAAGACGGCCUAUGCUGCAAGUAUCACUGUCGACCAGAUAAAUGAAGUGAAAAACCUACUUGCAGACUUGAAGCAAAAGUUAGAGGUACGCUAUGAGCUUAACUCCAAGAAGCACAAUAAUGUGAUAGUGGAGCCAAUGGAGGUAGAGACGAACGAGUCAGACGCGAUACCGAAUAGUGACAUUGGCUUGAAAUUGCCAGAAAUACCAACUGAAGAUAUAAGUUUUGGUAGCGAUAACGACGAGUUUAUGUCGUGCGACCAGUUGUAUAAUCUUAUACAAAAAAUACGUAUUAGAUAUUUAAUUAUUGACACCAGGCAGAAAGUACAUUAUGAAAGUUCCAAGAUAUUGUCCGAUAGAUGCAUCAACAUUCCACAAUCCGAAAUUAGAAAAGGGUUACUGGGUUCUCAUUUUGAAAGAUAUUUUGAAAACGAUAAGCAUUCGCGUGACUUAUUCACUAAGCGAGCAGCACGGUAUAUUGAUGUUCUCGUCUUGUUGGAUUGGAACUCCACGCAAGAGACCCUGUCUAUACAGCCUGGUGCCCAUAUAAAUCUGUUAAAGAAUAUUUUUGAGAAAUGGGAUCCUGGUAUAAAGUAUAACAAUAUUAAAAUUUUGAGUGGGGGAUACCAGGAAUGGCUCCAACGAUAUCCAGCAUUUACAACGAAUUCCAACGUUCAGAUACCGGAAUUCAACAACGUUGUGAAUGACAUCUUGCAGACGUUUGAAUAUCCUGACAUCGAAUCUGACGAGGAAAAUGAUAUAUUGAAAGAGGAACGAAGGAGAAAGAGCAAAUUAAAUAAUACGAAUAGUAGUAACAAGGACAUAGACAUGGAAAUGGAUUAUGAUAACAAGCCAGCGACGUUUAGACAUGCCAGAUCGAACAGCAACGAUGUCUCUUCUUUAACCAAAUCUAAGAAUUUUGUUACUCAAGUAACAAUAUCAAUUGAUGACAAACGACCGUUUCGAGGAGAUAAUGCGAAUGGGCCACGUUUGAAUAGCCCAAAUAGUCCGUCUCGGCUUAAAAUAUUGUCAAGUAAAGUGCCACAAAACGAAGUGAGCACGAAACCAGUGAUUGAUCGCAGCAGUAAACCGACCGCUUUGAAGACCUACGAUCCACGAUGUAAGGAGAUAUUAAAGUUCAUGAAAGAAUUAAAUGAAUUGGCGAAGUCAAAGAAAAAGUUAGCUCAGGAAUUAUUGAGCCAGGAAUACGAGCUUUAUUCGCAAAAUGAGGACAAGUAUAACAUCAGUGAUGAAGAAUAUCUACGAUCGGAUAUAAAAUCUUUGAAAGUUAAAUUGGAGGAUAUGCACAAAAUGUAUCUCAAAGUCGAAAAUGAGUUUAAUACGUAUUUAAAGGAAGUGGAUACAAUUAAAUUUAAUCUCACUGACGACAAUGAGAAGAAGAAUCUUGAAUUAAAUCUCUCUAUAUUAAAGAAUGAAAACAAAGAUAUUGAAACCAAAAGGAAAAAACUACAAGAAGAUUUCAUACAAAGAGAACACCAGGAGAUAAUGAAGCAAAAUGAUGGUGAUGUUCAUAAGGAACCAUUGAAGAUGGAUGGAUCAUCCAUUAACACUGGCUUGGAGCGUUCUUAUUCGAGUCCAAAUCUACUACAGUUGGGAGAUCGUAAAGCACCUCAGAUAGAUAGAACUUCUAAGCCACAUAUUUCGCCUCGCAAUCAGAAUGGAUUGGCAAUUGGAAAUGAGAACAUCAAAGUGUCUUCUCUUAGUUGGGGAAAUCGGGAGGAACGAAUGACCCCUAUUCACGGCACUGUUCACCCGGGCAUAACCGGCCUGAAGAAUUUGGGCAAUUCUUGUUACAUGAACAGCAUCAUUCAGUGUCUGAGUAACACAACAAACUUAGCGAAAUAUUUUACUGAUAACUCGUACGCAGAUGAUCUUAAUACGAGUAAUGAUAAUAUGACGCAAGGUCAAGUGGUAGAAGAGGUGGCUCAAGUAAUUAAAGCACUAUGGAGAGGCCAAUACAAAAGCAUAUCUCCUCACGACCUAAAGGUUGCAGUUGGGCAAUACAAAUUGCAGUUUGAAAGUUACGAGCAACAAGAUUCCCACGAAUUUCUCACGUUCCUCUUAGACUGGAUGCAUAAUGAUCUUAAAAAAGAGGCAAAAAUGCCAAUCGAAAUGACUACUGCGGAAAAAGAGUGGGAUAAAGCAAUGAAUUCCCAGAGGUCCAUAAUAUCAGACUUAUUUUUUGGACAAUUAAGAUCCACCAUUACAUGUUCAUUUUGUAAGCAAGCAAGUACCACAUAUGAGACAUUUAAUAGUUUAACAAUGUCUUUACCUCAAUCCAGUCGGUGUACUUUAAAUGAUUGCAUGGAGAAGUUUGUGACGGGACAGAAAGUAAGUGGUUGGAAGUGUCCUAAGUGUCAGACACCUCGCGAUGCAACGAAAAAAUUCGAUUUUGUCAAACUUGCGCCCAUCGUCGUGAUUCACUUGAAUCGUUUCGCCGAGACCGGCGGAUGGUUAGAAAAGCGCAAUACAGCCGUCGAUUUCCCCCUCACAGGAUUCAACUUGAAGUCGUAUCUUGUUAUAGAGAAUGCGAAGGCAAUCAUGUCGAACAAUAUCCGUAAUUACAAUUACAGUCUUUACGCGAUAUCAAAUCACUAUGGAACAAUGGAUGGCGGCCAUUACACAGCGUUCUGCAAAAACGCUACUCAAAAUAAAUGGUACAAGUACGAUGAUCAAACUGUCACAGAGGUGUCACCAAGCCAAGUGAAGUCUCAAAAUGCGAGUGCCUAUUUAUUGUUUUAUACGUCGUUUCCAAACACGAUUAUGUAGUAUGAGGACACGGCCACGGAUAUGAUCAAGAUCCAGUUAUGACGAAAGUCUUCAGUGUGAUAUUACUUAAGGGAAGGAGUAUGUAAGAAUAUGAUUUUCGACACUUUGUAGAUAUUAAACAUUUAUAUUUUGUAUGAUAAAUCUCCUAUACGUACAAGCAAAACUAUGCGUGCGAGCAAAACGUAUAGGUGCUGUGACGAUAUUACGAACGCUUUAUCGAUACUGGCAUUCAUUAAGAAUAUGUAAAUAUGUAUUUCGCGAUUUUUCUGUAUUUCCGCAGUUUAUCGCUUUAGGAAUAAAGCAAUAUAUAGUUGUGCUCGAAAAUAUUUUAGUAUGUGUAUAGAACUUCGUAUAAUUACUUUAAUAUGCCUAGAUAACAAUCACAUUACGUUUAACUUGCAUUAUUAUAUAAUUACAGUUGGAUUAUCAGUUUCACUUUGUAUAUCAAAAUAAAGCGAAAGGGGCCAUAGUUUCUUGCCUUAUUGAGCACUUUAGAUCAACUUUUCGAAGAAUUUAUUUGAAUUUAGAAUCCAUGUGUUAAAAAUAUGUUUUGUUUCAUAUUUUGCACGAAUGGUUUCGACAGUCAUUAUAAAUAGCAUUUAACAUAGAUAAAACGCGUAUGUUGUAUACGGUAUGAAUCGAUUUAGCAGCACACUGACUGCCUUCUUUGCUACGCUGCCAAUAUUGUAACAACGUACGACUAUUUUGUACGUAAAGCAGAACGUUUCGUUGACAAAUGUACGUUUAAAAAAAAAAGAAAAAUAAGAUUACAAUAUGUACGAACUAUUGUAUGCGUGUGUAUGUAAAUUUAUUGGCUUCGAGUAGCCCAAAGACAUCACAUUUUAUAAUUAAUUAUAAAUAUAAUAUUUCUAUACUUAGAAUAUCAUCUUUCAUGGAAGGCUAUAUAUGUACAGCAUUUAGUAUUUGUAAUUGCAAGUUACUUUUCUACUUUAUUGGCAAUACGUUUGUGUAUAUAGUUAUAUUAAUGUAAUUUAUGUGUAUAUAUAAUUAUAUAUUAUAAUUACAUCGGUAUAAUUAUGCUAAUAUAUUUAUGUAUAUAAAUGUAUUCUAAGAAUAAUAUGUAUAACGAUCUGAGAUAUUUUAUAUGUAUUUGCUGUACAUGUUGACGCAGAGAAUGAAAGUAACUUGCAUUCACAAAAGCUAAAAGAAUUUUGCGUAAGCUAAUUCUUUUCACGCAAUUUAUGUUACUGAUUUAUUGCCAUAUGUUAUUAUAAUUCUUUAUGAGAUGCAUAAUAUAUAUAUUUAAAAUAUCAAGAAAUAACA